CAGGGUCACAUCCAGUACACAUGUCACAGCUAAACAGGCCAACAACAAGAGACUCACAUUAAUAACUCAUGCUAAAAGGUAGCUUCAGCUACCGAGCUAACGAAUAAUCAUGGCAGACCAGGUUUUACCAUUGGCUGUCGGUCUGUCCGUGGCUCUCCUGCUGCUGCUGCUGUGUCUGACGGUUUACUAUCUGUGGAGGAGGAAGAAGAGGGGUCGGAGUCAAUACGAGGAGCUGCUCUCCACAGUGCCUUCAGUACCAGCAUGCUCUGACCCAGUGCUCCCGGUGUCUCAGGGCUCCUGCACCACGCCCUGUGAGAUCCCUUUUACCUUGCCCCCUCGCUUUAAGGCACAAAACCAUGGUGACCUAAAAAAUGGAGAGGAGAAAGAAGAAGAAGAGGAGGAGAUGAAGAUGAAGAUGGAGGCCCAGAGGGACAUACUAGCCCAUCGUGGGUCACUCACAGUAAGGAGAUUGUUCCCAGUGGGGACGGUGAUGGCCGGUCUCUACUCGGUUCCUCCUCUGAACGAGGUGGUGGCACCUCCUCCCGGCAUGGCCACCCGUCUCUGCUUCUCUGUGGAGUACCGACACAGCUGCGAGCAGCUCAUGGUCUCCUUGCUCCGCCUUGGCAACCUCCCUCCCCGUUUUCAUGGCAACAUCAUGCUGGUGGAGCUCCGGCUGCUCCCUGACGACCGGCGGCCCCGCCAGGCCAAGGCCCGGGGCACGGGGCCCGACCCCGAGUUCUGCGACUGCUUUGUUUUCCAGGCAAGGACAAUGAAAAACGAUGCGACCUUUAGAGACAAAAGAACAAUUUGUAUCUCACAUACUUCCUGUUUCCUUCUGCAGGUGUCAGGUGUGUGUGUGCCUCAGAGCACCCUGAGUGUGUGUGCGCUGAGUGUGGAGCAAGACGGCAAACGCCACGCGGUGGGCAGGGUGCUGUUCCCUCUGGAGGGGGAGCUCGGUCAGGCCGGCAGGGUGCUCUGGAGGGACCUGGAGACAGAGGACGACACACAGUGUUCAGAGCUGGGUGACGUGCAGAUAUCUCUCAUGUACAGUCCGUGUCUACAGCGCCUCUCUGUGGGUGUCCUGAGGGCCCGCGGCCUACAGCUGCUCACAGACGCAGGUGUGUGCGUACAGGUGAGCUUACGGAUACACUCUCAGGUGGUGAAGAUUAAACGCAGCUUUGUGGGGAAAUGUGAAAAGGACCCCUAUUUCGACCACAGGAUGACGUUUAAACUGCGCUUGCAGCACCUGGACGAAGCCUGGCUGAGAUUUGAGCUGCAGCAGCCAAACGACGUCCGCUCAGAGCCUCCAGCCCUGCUAGGAGUGCUGGUGUUGGGUCCCUUCAUGUAUGCCAGGGGCCCGCAGCUGCAGCACUGGAUGGACAUGGUUAACACACCACAGGAGCCGGUCGAACUGUGGCACGGGCUGGGCCGGGCCACUUAACACACACACACACACACACACACACACACACACACACACACACACACAAAACAAUGAAUAUAUACCAAUGUUUGACGUAAUAAAAUCAACAUUUGCAAAAAAGGAACUGAAUC